CUCUGUGCAGUGCUGUUGUUGUAUUCUAUAUAAGCCACCUUGCACUACCUUUCCUCAGAGACAUUACUCUUUACUAGUAAUAGUAUUAUUAUUAUUAUUAUUAUACUCACAACACACUCCCAAGCUAUGAAGCCAAACUCUUUCGUGUUGCUUAUCUUUCUCUGUUUUCUUCUUCUAUCCUCAGCAUCUGCUCGUCUCCUACCCCCUAAACAAGAUGAAAAAGAGGCUAAGGAUUCACUCACAGGGGAAAAAGAUAAUGUUUCCAAUCUCAUGGGGUUAGAGGAAUAUGAAUGUGAAGAGGGAGAUGAAGAAUGCUUAAAGAGAAGGAUGGUAGCAGAUGCUCACUUGGAUUACAUUUACACUCAACACCAUAAGAAGCCUUAGGCAUAUAUAUUUAUAUUAGCUAUAAUGGUAGAUACUCUCCCCUGAAACAACCAUGUCAAGUCAUCACUUGUAAAAAGUCUUACAACAAAUAAUAGUUUGAGAUACCAAUAUUACCUCACAUACCCUCCUUGUAACAACAGAAAUGUUGGUUUAAGUUAAAAUGAAUUUCCACUUUCCAGUGGAAAACAAAAUAUUUUAGCUGUUUA